GCUGCGGAUUGUAUUCGCAGCAUCUAGGAACUCCGGGCUACAUGUCCUGCAAGUCCUCAUUCAGACUGAGUGGGGCAUGCCUGGUUGGCAGUUGACUACGCUGCAGGCCGGCAUCGGUGGACCAUGGAGGUUGCCGGACCUGGGCGCGGGACAGUUCUCCAUCGGCCGGAAGGCCUGCUGCCAGCUGGUCCUGCCCGAGUCCUAUGCCUACGUCAGCGGGGAGCACUGCCGCCUGAAGAGGGUUGACACGGGGGAAGGCCCUCUGUUGCUGGAAGACCUCAGCGGCAACGGGACUUUCGUCAACGCCUCGAGGGUUGGGCGUGGGAAGACCCAAGUGGUGAAUGCCGGAGACGAGAUUUCCCUGGCGAAGCCGACCCGGAAGGGCGGCGCCAUCAAGUUCUGCAUCGAGGCCUGUGAGACUUCCAGUGCACCUGACGCCACCGUGCCGGGAGCUCCCGCGGCCGCCUGGGUGCCGACCCCGCCGGAGAGGUUGCCGGAGCGGCCGAGAGUGGAGGCUCCGACGGAUGCUGCGGUGGCGCUGGCCGCAGCCAUGGCAAGGGAUGCCCAACAGCGCCAGGCGGCGUGCGCGGCGCUGGAGGGCCGGGUGGCCGCGGAGCGCGCGAACUGCGCGCGGCUGGAGGAGGAGCUGCGGGAGGCGCAGCAGAAGCUCCAGGCCUCGCGCGGCGCCGGCUCGGCGCGAGACGCGCGCAACUGCGAGGAGCGCGAGAGCUGCCCGGAGGCGGAAGCGACGGACCGCCGCGAGAGUAUGCGGCUGCGUGCGGAGCUUGAGGAGGAGCAGCGCUGCGCCCAGCGCGCGGAGGAGGAGAACUCGCGGCUCCGCAGCGAGGUCCAGGAGGCCUCCAGCCGCACGCUGGCGCUGGAGGCGGAGGUGAAGCGCGAGUCGGACUUCAACGCCUCCUUGGAGGAGCAAGCCGCGGCGGCAUGUGCCGAGUGGAGCCGGUCGCGGGAAGCUGUGACCGUGGCCAGGAGGAGGCUGGAGGAGCGGGGCGCCGCCUUGACGACGCUGCGCACGGCCAUGCGGCAGUACCACCAGAAGGUCAGCGAUCGCCUGGGUGCCUUGGAGCGGUGCUUGCACCAGGUGUCGGAAUCUCCAAGCCAGACCUUGGAGCCCAGACGCGAUGGCGUCAGCACGAGUGCUGAUGCGGGGGCGCGGCAUGUUGGGAGCGAGGAGACACCCACGCAGGAUGCAGAUGCUGCGGCUGGGGGAGCCGUGGCAAGUGAGGUAGGCAGCCAGAGCCAAGGGUUCAGCCAGGGCGGCCAAGGCGGAGCUGCGGCAAAGCGCCCGCGGAGGUGAAUUUUUGCUUCGGGGAUGCAAAGGGGACGCAAGGUCCUCGCGUAGGACGAGUCGGGACUUGGCGAUGUCGGAGAGACUUUUUGCAGUUGGAAUGAGU